GACCUUUUUUCCCCUUUUUUUUCGGGCAUAAAAAAACAUUGAACUGCAGGGAAAUUUAAAGUUUUCUGUAUGUGGGAUGGUUCGUUCGACGAAGAUUAAUAUAAUUUUUCGAGAAAAACUCUCGGUUUGGUCCUUUUCUUAUGUAAACAAAAAUAAUGGCAAUUCGUUUAGCAUGUAGAUUGUAGACGUGAGCUUUUUAACUUAGAUCGUUUACAUAAAAGUCUUCGCGAAAUUCUUCAUCUUUAAAUAUUAAUCCAGUUUUUUCUGUAAUAAAUGGCAUAAAAUUGAACUUUCUGUUUAACUGAUCUCCGUGUUUUGAUUUAUUACCACCCCUUAAUAACAGCCGCUCAUGUCGGCAUUCUAACGCGGCAAUUGAAGCUGAGUCUGAAGGAGUUAUGAACUUUUCAAUGAAUGCCUUGGGAAUAAAUCUUGUCAACAAUGAACCUGGACAGUUGUUUACUUUAACUUUUUUGAUCGCUGACAAUUGGUAUCCAAUGAGACUCGCAUCUACUUUUAACAAGAUGGACCCCACUGUUAAAGUCACUAUUGCCCUAACUGGCGCUGGGGCGUUGCUUUAUGCCAUAUAUCAGUGGUUCAGGAGUGAAGAUUGUGACUCACCUUUUGUGGCGAAUAUCACUAAAUACGAUAGUCACGUGGCCAACAUCACCAAAUAUGGUAAACCAGCUGUCGUUCAAGAGCUUAGGAAGCCGGGGUAUUUCAUCAUGUACAACAGUUCAACGAAAACGCCUGUUUACGUCGUGGAGAAGUUGACAACAGAGAGUUUUACUGACUGUUUUGUUGAACGAAAAGACAAGGAGUUUCAGAGUGAGGAUGCUCUCCGGAGUGCUACAAUGCGAUCUACCAACGCUGACUACGCCGGAUCAGGAUACGAUAGAGGUCGCAUGGCAGCUGCUGCUAACCACACCAGAUGUGAGGACGCCAGAAUGGAAACAUUAACUCUGAGCAACGCUGUUCCUCAGUUUCCAAACUGUAACAAAGGGAACUGGACUAUCCUGGAGAAUUACGCCCGGGCCCUCGUUCAAACCAGCACUGGAGUCUACGUGUACUCGGGUCCUCUGUUCAUACCCCAGGAGGUGGGUAUAUCACGUGACAGGUAUGUGGUGUAUCAGGUGAUCGGGGAGAGCACGGUGGGGGUUCCUACUCACUUCUUCAAGAUUAUUGUCAUGGAGGGGUUCAAGGAGAAGGCUCUGGUGGAAUGUUAUUUAGUAGAGAAUACUCCAAAUGCUGAGAGUUUGACUCUGGAGGAGAUGCGUGUGGAGUUGUCUGAUAUUGAGAGGUGGUCUGGUUUAGUUUUUCAUAAAUUACACAAUCUUGCCUGAUUUUCGGGUCGCAAUAGCAAGAUUUUAAAAUGUAAACAAUAUGGACUGUGAUAUUAAGUCGUGUUGUGAUGUAGAGUUAUUGAUUGUAAAUAUUUGAGCGACAUGAUAUUUAACAUGAUAUUAUGUACAUUUACAUUGUAC